GCGACGGGAGUUCUUGUAUCAGUUGAAUUCAAACAGUGCUUGAGUGCAAAAGCAAAAUAAGAGUGAAGAAAAAUGUCUCUUCUGCCAAUGUUGUGGAAUCUCGCUGAGGACUUUGACCAAGUGGAUCCUCGCUUCGGCGUGAGCUUCAAUCCUCACGAGCUGAUGAUGGCUCAGCGUCUGCCUCAGUGGAUGCGAAUGCCGUCUGGCUACAGUCGGCUCUGGAAGCUGGAUGAGGCCGAGAGGCAGAGAAUGGCUGCAACGCAGGCGACUUCGUGCUCCGGGAAAGAUGGCUUCCAGGUGUGUCUGGAUGUGCAGCAAUUCGCGCCCAGUGAAAUCACAGUGAAGGUGGUUGAUAAGUCGAUUGUCGUUGAGGGCAAGCAUGAGGAACGCGAAGAUCAGCACGGAUUCAUUUCGCGCCAGUUCAGCCGUCGCUACGUCUUGCCCAAGGAAUACGACAUCGAUCAAGCCGUCUCCACGCUGUCUUGCGACGGAGUUCUGACCAUUAAAGCCCCACCAAUUGCCAAUGCGGUGGAGCAGAAGGAGCGCCUGAUCCAGAUUCAGCAAACUGGUCCAGCUCAUCUCACUGUCAAGGGCGUCAAGGCCACGCAAAAUGAUAAGAAAUCCAACUAGAACUGAACGAAAACUCUCUGACCGAAUUGUAUUCUCAUUCCUUAAGAUGUGUGUGAAAUUCUAAGACUAAUAAAAGACUUGUGAAGUAUAAAGAA